UCGUCCAGGGCGCUGUGGGGACCUGGCGGGCGGGCGGAGCUCCGUGUCCUUGUGUUGUGGCAGAGCUGCGGAGCUCGGUGACCAUGGCUCCCCGCCUGUGGCCCUUUUUCGGGUUUUUGGUAAAGGCUGGCAUAGCGGGUGGGUCCGUAUACCUCGUUUAUGAUCUAGGGCUGCUGGGGUCAAGUUCCCAGGGUCAAGCUGCCUUACGGAGGGCUCAGGAGACAGUCCCAGACGCCUUAAACCGUUACUCAGCCUUGUUUUCGAAGCAGACGGGCAUCCAUAUAGAGCUUCCAUCCAUUCCACAUAUCAACCUUUCCCUCCGAGACAGCUGGAACUCAGGCAUCAACAGCUUGAUGUCUUCACUGUCUGCCGCUCCCUCAGCAAUCCAGAAGUAUAGUCAUGAGGGCUGGAACUACCUGAAGGGCCAGAAGUGACGUUUCAACCCCGCCCUCCCACCAAGCACCUUGGCAGGGUGGUGAUGGUGAAAAGGGGCUUCUGUUUCAGGACCCUGAAGCUGUGGAGUGACAUCUGUCCUCUUGAGGGCAGCUUGUGACCAGGCUCUGCCCAAAUAAAGGACUUUAGAACUAUUCCCUCA